AUGCCAAUCCCGCUGCUACCUCCAAGCUCAACCACCAAACGUAAAAGAGCGGCAGAUACAGCAGCACCCCCCAACGAAGCGUACCAAGGAAGGCCUCCAGAGUCGAAACCAUCAGCCGUGCAGGUGAUUCAACUCUUACUCUCGCCCGCCGCACUCAAUCCCUGCCGUCCAGAAGACGAGACAAAAGAUAUCCAGACUCAUGGCGAUGAGUUUCGGAUCUACUAUUCGAGCAAACUAAAUUCUUUCAAAGAACUCAUGUGCGCCGUCGUGCUCACCGGGUCGAGCCCCCAUGAAUGCGGUUUGAAAAGGAUCCGCACGAUCUUCAACGAACCACACGAAUUCACCCCCGCAAAAGCCGUGCACGAUGCUGGGAGUGAAAACUGGCAGCAGGCAGUUUCGAAUGCGCCAAAUGAACACUACAACAAGACCGCCAAAUGA